GACGGGGGGCGCGCUGGGUUCUGCAGUUUAGGCCGCCCUGCCGAGUCAGCCGUGGGCAGAUUUCUUUAUACUCUGGAUUCUGACUAUUUAUAAUGAAUGAUACAUUGAAUUCAGAUAUCAUUGGUCGAAGAGUUGAAGUUAAUGGAGAACGAGCAACUGUACGCUUUUCUGGCAUUGUCCCUCCCGUGGCAGGACUCUGGUUAGGAAUAGAAUGGGAUAAUCCAGAGAGAGGAAAGCAUGAUGGAAGCCACGAAGGGACUGUAUAUUUUAAAUGCAGGCAUCCAACAGGAGGAUCCUUUAUUCGUCCAAACAAGGUGAAUUUUGGAGUAGACUUUCUUACUGCAGUUAAGAAUCGCUAUGGUUUAGAAGAUGGACCAGAGGAAGAUGGAAAGUCACACACUAUUACCAUUGGGAAGAAACCAGUGGAAACUGUUGGUUUUGACUCUGUUAAAAAAUUACAAAGUCAGCUGAGCAAGUUGCAAGAAAUUUCUCUGGAGAACUGUAGAGUAAAUUGUGCAGGAGACAAAGGAGAAAUCGCCAAAACAUGUCCUAACAUCAGUGAGUUAAAUCUGUCGAAAAACCUGUUGGCAUCAUGGGAUGAAGUGGUCCGUAUUGCUGAUCAGCUGGAAUGUCUGGAAUCUCUUAAUCUCAGUGAAAAUAAACUCAGAUUUCCCUCUGGUCCACCAUCUCUAAUUGGAACAUUUUCAACACUGAAGAUUUUAGUCCUGAACCACACAGGAAUAACCUGGGCUGAGCUGCUCCAUUGCGCCUCUGGCUGGCCAGUCCUCCAGGAAUUGUACCUGAAAGCUAACGAUAUAUGCAUUUCAGAAAGGCCAACUGAUGUUCUACAGAUGGUCAAGGUACUAGAUCUCUCAUCUAAUCGAUUAAUUGAUGAAAGCCAGCUGUUUCUGAUAGCAUAUCUGCCCAGAUUAGAACAACUAAUCCUCUCUGACAUUGGAAUUUCUUCAAUGCAUUUUCCAGAUGUUGGAAUUGGGUGCAAAACGUCAAUGUUUCCUGCUCUGCAAUACCUUGUUGUAAAUGACAAUCAAAUAUCACAGUGGUCAUUUUUCAAUGAGCUGGAUAAGUUACAGAGUCUGCAUUCUUUGUCCUGCAUGAGAAACCCCCUAACUGAAGAAGGCAAAACAUCAGAGACCACUCGUCAGUACAUCAUCGCCAAAAUCGGUCAACUGAAAACCCUAAACAAAUGUGAGAUUCUUCCAGAGGAAAGGAGGGGAGCUGAGCUUGAUUACCGAAAGAAUUUUGGAAACAAAUGGAAAAAGGCUGGUGGACAUCAAAAUCCAGAAAUAAACAGACCAAAUGAAGAAUUUCUUACAGCUCAUCCUAGAUACCAGCUGCUCUGUCUAAAAUAUGGUGCACCUGAAGAUGGAGAACUCAACACACCACAACCAUUCCUGCUCAGAAACCAACUAUUAACAUUGAAGAUAAAAUAUCCUAAUCAACUUGAUCAAAGUGACAUAGAAAAACAGUUGCCAGAUUCCAUGACAAUUCAAAAGGUGAAAGGAUUGCUGUCACGUCUUCUCAAAGUUCCUGUGUCAGAACUUCUGUUGUCCUAUGAGAGUCCCAAAAUGCCGGGCAAAGAGAUUGAACUAGAAAAUGAUCAAAAGUCAUUAAAUUUUUACUCUGUAGAAAAUGGAGAUUGCCUUUUAGUGCGAUGGUAAUACACAACUAAGAAAAUUUAGAGACUAAACUUGUCAUGACUGGAAUUCCAUAAAAAUACAUGAUUGAUUAGAACAAUUAUAUGGUCAGAAUACUAAGUGAAGCUUUAUAUCUUGUCCGAUGUAAAAAAAAAGGCAGUGUUUUUCAUUGGAAAUAAACAACUUCUAGGUAUGUAUAUAAAUAGCAAUAAUAAAGGAUUUCAAACUACUAA